GUAAGACGACCAUGCAAUCCAAAUAGACAGCAAGAAAGGGGCUAGAGGAGCCAUGGCGGACUGGUCCUGCGUUCUAGAGAUCCAGACAUGAUACGACGUAUGUACGAACUCACUUGGCAGGCGCGGCCUGGGCGGUGUAGGUGGGGUAGGCGGGAUGAGUGGGUUGGAAAUACCCGGGCCCGAAGUGCAGAAGAUUGCAGGCGUCGUCCUGCCGUCAGCACCGGUGAAGUUCCAGUUGGAAGCACUGCAGCUGCUGUGCGUCAAACACCAUGGCUUUCGAGGCCACAGCAGCUCCGUGCAGCCCGUAUACGUCAUGCUAGUCACGCCGGCGCUCGUCAAGCCGCCGCCGACCACGUAGGUGGGCAGGCAGCUGCACACGCCGUUGCCCCAGUCGCCGUUCUUGACGUACGUGCACCUGCCGGGUGCGCGGCUGUACAUGUCCACUUUGCCCACCAAGUAGCGACCAGAGUCGUCCCACAGUGUGCAAUGCGGGUCGGCGUUGCAAGAUGCCUCCGCACUUGCGGGUGCUGUCUGGUAGGCUUGCGAAAGAUCCGGAUCAUAUUUGCUUUCAUCCCCCUGCGCGUCUACUAGCAUGGUGUAACCUGCCUUGGGCAGACACCCUGCAUGUGCAUGCGUGGCAGUGCGAUGUGGAGGGGGCAAGGUGUGGAGGCCAGCAGCUUCAGAGCUACGAGGAGUAAUAAGCAAGGUGUCGAGGUAGUCGAGGCCAGCUUCAGAGCGAGGAGAAAUAAGCAAGGUGUGCGUGGAGGCCAGCAGCUUUAGAGCGAGGAGUAAUAAGCAAGGUGUGGAGGCCAGCUUCAUUCAGCGCGCAGAGCGAGCGAUGUCGGUUAAAACGACGCACAGCCCCCCUACAGCCGCCAGGCUAAUUUUUUCGCUCAGCCAGACAGCUUUUGCAGGCAAGAUGCUUGUCGUAGGCAGGUCUCUUCCAGAUGGCUAGCCACCCAACACCGGUCGUAUGAUGACGCCCGGUGCUGUUUUAACUGAGAAGGGGGGAGAAGGGAGACGGAGGCGGGUGUGGGGGCCGACGAGAGCGGGCCUUGGUCAGACGCGGUCGGUGUUGCCAGACGGUGUUGCCACACACGUGCGCUCCGCAGAAGUUGUUGUCGCCGCUGGGAUACGGUCUUGUUUAGUUGUUUUCUUGGUCUAGGCGGUUAGAAGUAAGGAUACAGAAAGUAAGGGGCGCCGGGUGCUGACACGCACCGGCGCCGCACAGGCGGGCUCGGCUUGCAAGGACCGGGCACCAGAGGGCAGACGCUGUCUCACUCAACGCUGGCCUGUCCUGCGCACUCCACGAUGUGGGAGCUAGAGGUGGGGAAGGAAGAAUAUCCUUUCGGGGGAGUCGGCUUGGCCGGGAUUGGGGCACGGGGCCAGAGCAGGUGGGUCUUGAGGGGUAGGAGGAGAGAGAGGGAAAGAGAGGAAGGCCAGGGGAAGGCGACCCACAGAAUGCUACCGGAACUUAGUUUAGGCCUGGCUGCGUCUCCGCUGGCUAGGGUUAUCCGCUGUCUUGACUUGUUUUUGCUUGACGAGACCCUCCCGCCGGUAGGGGCACAGGGGACUGGUCACGGCAGUGGCUAGGAGCCUGCUGCUAAUUUAGGCGUGCGCGGGCGACUUGGGACAGAUUGCUUGACGCCGGAAAGGCCAGUUGCAGUGACGGCGCAGCCGUCACUGACGGGGGCGGACCUGUAACGGAAACCUGUU